AUGUCGAUUGAGAAGCACAUAGAGAAGGUGCUUUUCAGCUCCAAAGUAAUCGCUCAGCGGGUGGGUCAGAUUGGAUCCGAGAUUACUUCCGAUUUCUCCAGCGACUCAGAGUCGUCGUCGCCUGUCUUCGUCGGCGUAGCCACCGGUGCUUGCCUCUUCUUAGCUGAUCUCGUCAGGCGAAUCGACUUGCCCAUCUCUAUCGAUUUCAUCAGAGCUGAUUCAUACGGCUCUGGUACAGUUUCUAGUGGAACUCCCAGAAUUUCAUUUGACUUGAAGCUCGAUGUUGCGAACAAGCACGUCGUCUUGGUCGAGGAUAUUGUGGAUACUGGCAAUACGCUCAAUUGCUUGAUUGAGCACCUGAAAUUGAAAAAGGCGUCAUCUGUUUCAGUCUGCACUCUACUCGACAAGCCAUCGAGAAGAAAGGUUCAUUUUAAGCUUGUUGGAAACGGGAAGUUCUACAGUGGUUUUGAAUGUCCAGAUGAGUUUGUCGUGGGCUAUGGCAUGGACUUUGCAGAGAAAUACCGCAACCUAUCUUACAUUGGUGUAUUGAAGCCUGAAUAUUACAUGUGA